UCUAGUCGUAUAUUCUCGUACUAGGGUUUAAGGGUUUAAGCACUGUACGCUUGAAGAGUUGAAGCGCGAACCAGGAUCCGUGAUCAAGGAAUAUUCAAAAAUGGCAGUGGCUCUCUACAAUCCCAGUACUGAUUCUGGCCUAAAGAAGCUUGAUGAGUAUCUGCUAACGAGGAGCUACAUCACUGCAUAUCAAGCUUCCAAGGAUGAUAUUACAGUCCAUGCAGCUCUUUCUGGAGCUCCUUCAUCUGAAUAUGUGAAUGUGUGUCGGUGGUACAACCACAUUGAUGCUCUUCUAAGGCUUUCUGGUGUUUCUGGAGAAGGUCAUGGUGUAGCCAUAGAGGGGUUUGCUCCAGAGGAAGCUAUUGCGACUCCUCCAGUAGCUGACACAAAGGCUCCAGCAGCUGAGGCUGAGGAUGAUGAUGAUGAUGAUGUGGAUCUCUUUGGAGAAGAGACAGAGGAGGAAAAGAAAGCGGCCGAAGAACGUGCUGCAGCUGUCAAGGCAUCUGGGAAGAAGAAAGAGUCUGGGAAGUCCUCUGUUUUGUUGGAUAUAAAACCUUGGGAUGAUGAAACCGACAUGAAAAAACAAGAAGAAGCAGUCAGAAGUGUUGAGAUGGAAGGCUUGCACUGGGGAGCAUCUAAGCUUGUGCCAGUUGGAUAUGGUAUAAAGAAGUUGCAGAUAAUGAUGACCAUUGUGGAUGAUUUGGUAUCUGUUGAUACUCUUAUUGAAGAGAACCUCACUGUUGAACCAGCAAACGAACACAUUCAGAGCUGCGAUAUUGUGGCGUUCAACAAAAUUUAGGACCAGAUUUUUUUUCUUAUGUAUUGAAGAAUAUGAAGCUGCCGCUAAAAUACGUAAUUGCUGAACAGUUUUGGGUCCAAUUUAUUUUGAUAUUUUAUCCAUUGCCCUUGUUUAAGUUUAUGGCAGGCCUGUAUUGAAAAUUAUGGACUUAUGGCCUUGUGAAGGUUCAGUGUGAUUCUCGAUAUUUUUGGAUUAGGGUGAAGAAUUUGAAUAAUAUCAAAUGAAAUCAUUGUGAUUUUUUUUUUCCUUCA